UCUCUCUCUCUCUCUCUCUCUCUCUCGUGCGCUCUCACUCUCUCUUUCUCUCUCUCUCUCGCCCUCUCUCUCUCUCUCUCUCUCUCGAAUGCUCGGUCGCUUUCGCGCUCGCACACACACACACACACACACACACACGUACACGCCAGAAGUUCUCGUGUGGCUGCAGCGCUCGCGCUCGUCAGUGAGCUUCACUCGUGAGAGGAUUAUGUUGUUUGACAGAAUGGAUUAGGAGUGAAAAAACUUUGUGUGUGUUUUUUUUUUGAGGAAUAAGAAAAAGAAGGAGAGAGAGAGAGGGGGGGAAAAAACGGAGUACAAAUGUUCUGGAUAAUUAUUCUGGACUUUGCUCACCCGUGUGUGUCUGCUGUCUAACACUUUUCAUGGUACUUCAUAUCAGUUAGACAUCAGAUAUCAGAUGGUCGAUUUGGAGCGUUUUUUCCCGUUAAAACUCUUAACUACCAUAAAGUGUGAAAACCUUUUCUAAACUUUUAUAUUCGAUUUUUUUUUUAUUUAUUUUUAAUUUUUUUUAACGAUGGACUUUCUCUAUAAAGUCUUAAAUUUUUCUACUUUUGUCAGCGUCCUCCAGGUACUUGGUGACCAGGCUGUACCGUCCAAGCAUCCAGGCCUGGAUGUGCUGGCCACAGCGUCACACUACUGGCCCCUGGAUGAUGUAGACGGGAUCCGCAGCCUGAGGGACCAGAUUGGGAAUAGAACAGGUCAUAUUAAUGGGACUGAUAUAACACUCAGAAUCCACAACCACACUGUCCUGCCUGCCCAUAACUCUUCCUCUGUGUACACCAAUGACUCCGCCUACACUAAUAUUUCCGUCUCUGUAGACAUCGUAGAAGGAGUGGUGAACAAAGGCAUCUAUCUGAACGGAGACCGCGGGGCCACCUUCCUCCACUUCGGCAACUACAAGAACUCGUGCAUCAGCGACCCCACGCUGUGUGGACCACAAGGGAUCACGUUCUCCUUCUUCUGGAAGAACCAGGAGUCGCAUUCGCGCUUCGCUGUGAUGUCAGGAGGGAAAAUCAUCUCCAACGGCUUCUCGGUCUACACCAACCCCUUGGGAGGAUAUGUGGAGUUCUACACCAGACGAAACUCUCAACGCUGGAAAGCAAAUAUUAACCUGCCAGGACCUUUCUGGACGCACAUCCUGUUCACGUGGACCCUUAAAGACGGCCUGAAGAUCUACAUCAACGGCACGUUCGACAUCGGCGACCCGAAAGGCGACGUGUCGCAGAAUUACGGCAAUACGUACGCGGAUUUGGUGAUCGGGACGGGAUCCAGCCACUCGUACGGGCACUACGUCACCGCGUCCUUUGAUGAGUUUGUCAUUUGGGAGCGAGCGCUUUCAGCCAAAGAGAUCUGGCUCUACUAUAAAGCUGCCAUAGGCGAAGACGUGGUUUAUCCUCCGACUACCGAGUCUCCGUCUUCCGUCCGCUCCACGACAGACGCCCUUCUGCAGGAAACAGCAGCAUCACCCUACAGCACUGUCUCUAACUUCACAGAGAUUCAUGACUCAGUGUCCAUGUCUCUGCAAGGCUUCCUCCAGUCUUCCUUCAUUCUGCCCAAUAGGACUAUUCCUAAGGACACGGCUCACAAUCUGACACAGUCAUUUCUGAAGAGCGUCGACGAAGUGAUAUCCUCCAGUAGCUGGCGAGAAGACGAGGAGUCGACUCCUGUAAUCAGUGGACUCAUAGACACAGUGGACAAAGUCAUGGGGCACAUGGUGUCCAACCUGGAGGCUAAACCGAAUUCUCUUGUCGCUUUUGGUGGAAAGAGCUAUGUUGCAGAUUACGCCCUGAUGAAGAUCCCGCAGAGUUAUAACAUGCAGAACUACAGAUUCCCAACACAAGGCAAGAACUACAUCUCAGUGCCAGGAGAGGCCUUCGCUACAGAAUCCCAGACCACAAUCGUAGGCCUUUUCUACCACAGCAUGCACAACCACUACAAGCAGAUCAGCCCUCUGAGAACAAGGAUCGACGAGGCGGUGGAAUUUAAGGACCAUAAGAUCCAGGUGGCCAGCUAUCUGAUCUCCCUAAAGGUGGAGCCCUCUCCUGCCCUCUCGGUCAACCUGUCGUCAGAGCCACUGAUCAGAAUCAUGCUAACACACCAACUGAGCAAAGAGCAACAACUUCAGGCCAUGAACGAGAGCAACAAGGUCUUCCUCUACUGUGCCUUCCUGGAUUACAGCUCCAAGGAAGGCGUAUGGUCCGACAACGGCUGUCUGAGAGCCGGAGGGAACCUUUCCUACUCUGUCUGCGUGUGCAACCACCUGACUAACUUUGCCAUCCUCAUGCAGGUGGUUCCUGUGGAGCUCUCUAAGAGCCAUCAGGUGGCGCUCUCCACUAUUACCUAUGUGGGUUGUUCCAUCUCCAUCUUCUGUCUGGCCAUCACCCUGGUCACCUUCGCUGUACUCUCGUCUGUGAGCACCAUCCGGAACCAGCGCUAUCACAUCCAUGCUAACUUGUCCUUUGCCAUCCUGGUGGCCCAGAUCCUUCUGCUCAUCAGCUUCCGCUUCGAACCCGGGACGUUGCCCUGUAAGGUGAUGGCGGUGCUCCUUCACUUCUUCUUCCUGUGUGCGUUCGCCUGGAUGCUGGUGGAGGGGCUUCAUCUCUACAGCAUGGUGAUCAAAGUGUUCGGCUCCGAGGGCAGCAAGCACUUCUACUACUACGGCAUCGGCUGGGGGUCCCCGGUGGUCAUAUGCGUUGUGUCCAUAACAUCAUCUCUGAGCAGUUACGGAGAAGACGGAAACUGCUGGCUGUCUCUGAAGAACGGCGCUGUUUGGGCGUUCGUGGCUCCGGCUCUGUUCGUCAUUAUGGUGAAUAUCGGGAUCCUCAUCGCUGUGACCAGGAUCAUCUCCAGAAUCAGCGCAGAGAACUACAAAGUGCAGGGAGACGCUAACUCGGUCAAGCUCACUGCUAAAGCAGUAGCAGUCCUCUUGCCUAUCCUGGGCAUCUCGUGGACCUUCGGCGUUUUGGCCGUGAACGAUCAGUCCUUCCUCUUCCAGUACAUGUUUGCAGUUUUCAACUCUCUGCAGGGCUUCUUCAUCUUCCUCUUCCACUGUCUGCUAAACUCGGAGGUCAGAGCUGCUUUCAAGCACAAGACCAAAGUGUGGUCUCUGACCAGCAGCUCCAUCCGCAACAUCAACGUUAAGCCUUUCAAUUCAGACAUCAUGAACGGAAACAGAGGGGGCGUGAGCCCGACAAGGAUGAACACGUGGGACAAAAGCACCAACUCAGCUAAUCGCAUCGACCUGUCGGCACUCUAAGAGUCAACGGACAAUGGCUACUGAACACGAACGAUCCACGAACGCGCAGUGAAAGUCGUACUCCUCCUCAGACACACCGGCUGACUUAGCCACCGUUCCUUUUCACGACGACUCGGCGGUUUGACCACGUCCUUAACGCGACCGGGGCGAAGAAAAGACCACGGCUAGUAGCCCCGACAUGUACUGACGUCACUCUUUCCCACUGACACCACUCGCUUCACCAAGACAGGCUAGAGUUCAGAGCCAUAUAGUAAAACACGUCACAGAUGAAAACACAAGACUCGUGUUGGAUAACGUAAUCCCUUGUUCGGCGUCCCACUACAAAGCGUCCUCCUCGUAACUCCAGUAGCUGCUGGAUUCCUACUGCUGUCUGUGACUCGACACCAAACUGUGACACGAGAUGCGUCUCGCCCGAGGCGUUCUUCUGAUAUCUACAGCUCUGAUUUAGUUGGAAUGAAAAUCAGGCCUGGGUUACACGUGAGCCAUGUAGUACUUUUCCAUUACCAAGGCGCGCGAGCGUUCGGCUGGCGAGACCGCGUGGCCGCAGCGGAAGCCGUUCCCGGACGAGGAACCCAAUACACGCGUAGGGUUCCGCCGCCGCGUGUCCGUCGUAUUUCCUCACAGAUAUCGUGCCGUAAUGUUGUCCUCUUCCUACAGAUACUUUAUAUAAAUUAUUGCCGUGACGUCGCUUUCACAGAUAUCUACUGUUUCGUGCGGACGAGACGGUUUUAUGCGAAUACCCACGAAGCCAUUUCGACAUCACAGACCGAUUAGCGCGACUAUGCGCAAUCAAGCAUUAAUUAGCGUUUUACAUUUCGUUAACGGCUUGUCGAAGCGCCGAGGUGUUAGACCUUGAGACCGACUCUUGGCAUAGCGGAAUACGUCUACGUUUUGUCUCCGAAUUUGGCCUGUUGCAGUAAGCAGAGCAGAUCCGACGUGUCAGACGUCCCGAGCGCGUCGUCAAGAUCAGCAUCGGCUUUUGUGCCAAACGUCGCUCGUAAACGAAACGUCCGCACGGAGGUCGUUCCUUUAAACUAUAAUGCUGUCGUUGUUUUCUUGUAGCAUAAAUAUUUAAGGUAUAUAAUGACGUAAUUGUGCCUUUGUGACAUCUUUCUUCCUUUCUUUCUUCAUUUGGACUUCUUGAACCCAUUCUCUCUGGAUUCUUGUUUCCUUUCUUUAAAUAUAUAUAUAUUUAUAUAUAUAUAAUCUAAAUCUUAUGUGUCUGUGAAGCAAUUAGAAUUUUGCCCAGAUGAAAUCCCUGGUUCUCGGCGCAGUGUGUUUCUGCUCCGUGCCCCUUUCGACGGUUUGUGCGUUUCUCAUCCGUUCAACCGCGAUAACCGGACCGACGGCGAUCGGCGAACGCGCUCUAGAGUACGCGUGCGCUCCCGAUCGCUCCGCUUUCGUUCCAAGAGAUCUUUCUUCACAGGUCCCGGUCGUUAUUUUUCCGUUAUUUCAUCCAUGGCCAUGAAUCCCAGAGUGACUGUGUCACUUCCUUCUCAGUUCUAAUAGACUGCGAUUAUGACGCGGCAGGGUCCGUGCACGGACACCGAUACGCCGGAUGCUGUCUAUAAGGGAAAAUAUUUCGCAAGGUUCUUUUAAAAAUAAAAAUUAAAAAUUUUACAAAAGCACGAAGAGACUCCGAAGAUGUAGGACUGAUGAGUACGGAGUAUGACGCUGAGGAUGAAGCGAUGUACAGCGCAUUAAGAUGAAAAAAAAAACCCCCCCGUCUUUAUGUUUUGCAUUUUCAUACGAUUAACAAUGUGAGACUGUGUAUUCUGUGAAGUGUUUCGUCCCUUGCUGCCGGCGUGGAGGCCGUUAGAAACGACAGUAGUGUCGCUUUUCGGGGUCACACGGCACACGUCGUGACAGAGAAGGUGAGACGAAAGUCUUUAUUUAUGCCGAUGUCAAAAUAAAACUCCAAUAUACUGUCACUGUGAUGCGAUCUUUUUUUUUCUCCCCCCCCCGUGUGUGAACGAACCCGUUUAAGAAGAACCGCGAGGAGCGAAACGCAGACUUUCCGAGGGUCAGGCUGUGCGGCGGGAAAGAUUCUGACCUCGUAGGUGUAUAUCUCUCAACUCUUUCACGUCAUAGAAAUGAUUUCGCGCGCAGUCUGAGGAUCAAACUGGUCUCGGAGAAGGAUUUACAGACGACGAGAGUUGAGCGCGUACGAGUUCGCGCAAACAGAAUCCGAUCUGUUAAACACCGAUCAGCCGUAACGUUCCAAACAUGGACAGGUGACGUGAAUAACGUCGAAGAGCUCGUUACCGUGGAGGGAUGGGAUGGAUUCAUGACGUAGCAUGUGAACAGUCGGUCCUCAAAGUCGACGUGAUGGAAGCAGGGAAAAUGGGCAAGAGUACGGAUCGACACGGGCCAGAUUGUGAUGGCUGGACGAGCGGGUCAGAGCUUCUCCAAAAUGGCAGGUCUUGAGGGGUGUGUUCAACGUGAACACUGUAUCAAGAUGGAAACCUUGUUUCUUUAAAGACACUAACACCAAACAGCUCAGAUUUAGGCUCGGAUCGGAUUAAAGUGUCUAAAUGCUAAGCGCUAUAUUUAGACGAAGACGUCGACGUCGCGUUAGUGUCACUCAUCCUUCUUUCUCUAAAAUGUGCUGCGUUCGAUUCCGGUGUUGUUUUUCCUUCCCUUCUUCCAGUCGACUAACAGAUAUGAUUCACACGUCGAGAUACGGAUCUAAAAGUAGAUUAUGAGCAGAGGGAAGUGUCCGUGUUAGGAAAGAACGUGGUGUUUGUUGACUUUGGCAGCGGUGUUCGCAGCGAGGCUGCGAGACUGACACCUGCCCUCCCAAAGGUGCAGCCGCUGAUGUCAGAGCGGAAGAGUCAGUCCUGCCUCGCAGCUGUCUUUCAUCACGAUCUGCGUAGGUCUUUUCUGGGCGGGGGACGCUGUUUAUACGAUUCCUCUGGCUCCCUUACAGAUAUUAGGUUAAUCGGAUUUCACGGUUGGCUGCGCCCAAAGCUGUGAGGCUUUAUCUCUUUACUUAGUCGGGCUGUGAUGUAACGGGGUCGCUUUAGUAAAAAAAAAAAGAAAAUUAAUAAUAUUUCACGGUCAAGGGGUCAAGAUGGAAAAAUGCGACCAUAAUCUGCUGGAUUGUAUCCGGUCUAGUCUGUAUGUGUCUCUAAGGAUCCAUCGUAUUGUAACAUCACGUCCAGAACAUCUGGUCACGUAUCAUCCGGCUUCACGGCAGCAAACGUUAUAUCCGUUGUGAAAAUAAAUAAAUAAAUAAAUUGCUUUUAUUUAUGUAUUUUUUUUUUAAAAAUUUUUAAAAAGCACACCUUGGAUCUCGACUGUUUUUUUUUUUGUUGUUUUUUUUCCAUUUUGAUUUUAUUUUAUUAAAUCAUAUAAUCGUUACGGUUUACUGUAUGCGGUGUGAUGAAAUGAUGAUAUUGCUGGUGCACCAUACAGCGAUGAAGACAUGAUUCAUGGGUAAAUGUUGCUAUUUGGACAUAUCUGUGGGAUGGGAAAGGGAUAUUCUGACAUAGUUUGAAAUAUGUUUGUAUGGAUCUCACUAGGUUGGUUUGUUUUUAACCCCCUCCUGAUUUUUCCUCCCUAAUUUACUCUCCUCCAAUUCCCACCGACCCGCCAGCUCUCCCCAUCAUACCACAGCAACCAACCUGCAAAGGGAGAUGCUCCUCGGAGACACCCGGGGCCGCCAGACACGUCUCUUCCACCCUCUGCUCAGUGCUCAUCACGGGGCGACGUACCACACUCGGAGGAUUCCGCAUGCUUGAGCUAACUCUUAUAAAUAAAGCUUCCAAUUAGAACCGAAAAGUUCUUCA